AUGGACCAACAACAGGCGAAAGCAGGCAAAACGGAGAAAGGAGCUCGAUCGAACCACUACGAGUCGAUCGACCUGUCACCAACAGCUCGAUCGACCUAUGAGAGUGAGUCGAUCGACCCAUGCACGUACAGCUCGAUCGAUCCCUCACGGUGCAUGAUCACUAGAUCUCGACGGAGCAACCGCAACGAAGAGCUUCUGAUCCUGUCCAACGCAGAACUUGCAAGAGCAGAACGAGCAAACAGACAACGAAGGCCGAAUCCAGCCGACAUGGGCGAUAACGGCAACCCGAACAUGGCUGCUCAGUUGCAGCAGCUUCAGCAGCAGAUCGAGCAGAUGCGGAAGGCUCAACAAGAUCGAGAACCGCAACCUCGUCCUGCUAUUGGAGACAAGGACAAUCCGCACACCUUCUAUCAAAACCGGUCUGCGAUUGUCCCCCAAACGUCAGAGGCAAGACUUCGAGAUCAAGCCAGGCAUGAUCGCUCUAUGCAAGCUAUUCCCGUUCUCACUUGCCAACAAAGCAUCUCGCUGGCUGAAGUCAUUACCACCUGGUCUUUGACUUCAUGGGACCAAGUUAGAGCAGCUUUCCUGGACCACUUCUACACGAAGUCCAAGAAUGCAGCUCUAAGGACGAAGAUCGCAUCUUUCCAGCAGUAUGAUGGAGAAGCUUUCUGCGAAGCAUGGGAGAGAUACAAGGAGUGCCGAAGAGAGUGUCCUCAUCACGGAUACUCUGACGAGCAGAUCUGA